AUGUCUGACCACCACCUAAUUGAAAGUUUUGUUGCGGUGACAGGCGCAUCGCUGUAUUUGGCCGAACAGUAUCUUGCCCGAAACAACCAGGACCUUGCUGCGGCAAUUGAGGAUUUCUAUGCGGCCGAAUCCAACUCGCCCCUGGCCGCCAGCAGCCCCGCCCCAAGAGCGAAAGCCGGUGGCAAAACAAGGGGCGUGCACACAUUGCGCGAGUUGGGCAGCGACGACGAAGAAGACAAGACAAACCAAAACUUGUUUACUGGCGGCGAGAAGUCGGCGUUGCAAGUUGAGAAUCCAGACGAUUCGCGCCAACUGCUGAUGGUGGAGCGUAUUUUCGAGCGCGCGCGCGCCCAAAUGGGCGAGCCGGACGACCGCGAGUCUGCGCAAGCGCCGCCCCGCCAGUUUUCCGGUGGCGGCUACAAGUUGGGCGACCUGGAGCGCGCGCUGGAACCGAUUGCGGCGGCGCCGCGCGCGCCGCCCAAAGUGUCGCGCGAAAUCAUUUUCUGGCGCCAAGGCUUCACUGUGGGCGACGGAGAGUUGCAACGAUACGACGAUCCGGCCAACCAGCGUGUUUUGGAGGACUUGCGCCAAGGCCGCGUGCCCGUGCUGGUUUUGGGCGUUGAAUUCGGCCAAGACGUUGACGUUUCCGUCUCGCGCAGAACCGACGAAGACUACGUGCCGCCUCGCCCUGUGGGCGGCUUCCGCGGAUCCGGAAAGCGUUUAGGUCUGCCUGUGCCGGGCGAACCAACGCCAGAACCUGUUCUGCGAACUGAAAAGGAAACCCCUAAAGAGAAGGAGGAUCCAGGUUCGGGCGACUCGCCUGUGCAGAUCCGCUUUGCCAACGGCCAAAGAGUCACUCACCGCUUCAACUCGUCAGACACAGUGGCCGACAUCUAUGCGUUUGUGCGCCAACACCAUCACAAUGACCAGCUGCGAGAGUUUGUGCUUUCACAUGCUUUCCCAGUCAAGCCAAUCGAAGAGUCGACCCAGACAUUGGGCGAAGCAAAGUUGAAGAACGAGGUGCUUGUCCAGCGGUGGAAGUAG